UUACAAUUUGAUGUUUCGUGCGUUUUGUUGCUCAUCCGGCUGCGUUUAACCCCUUUUCCCCUCAAGGAACAAUGGGUCUCUCACCUUCAACCUUUCGUAUUCUGGUUGUGGGUUUCGUUGCCCUUGGUAGCACAACCUACGGCUACAGCUCCAGCAUUAUCGCUACCACUCUUGGUCAACCAUCUUUCCUUUCAUAUUUCCAGCUGGAUACCCGGGUAAAUGCUACACAACUAGAGGGUGCUAUUAAUGGGCUAUUUCAAGCUGGUGGAUUGGUCGGAUGUCUGUCAUGCAUCGCCUCGGCAGAUUCACUAGGUCGCAAAAUGGCUAUUUUGAUUGCAUCUUUGGUAACUGUGGUGGGAGGCGCAUUGCAAGCCGGUAGCGUUCAUAUUGCCAUGUACCUAGCUUUCCGUUUUAUUACGGGAAUUGGUGUGGGCGCUCUCGUUACGCUUGUUCCUCUAUACCAGUCCGAAAUAUCCCCCCCUAAAAUUCGCGGCUUUCUAGUUGGUAUCCACGGAGUGAUGAUCUGUAUCGGGUAUACACUUGCCAGCUGGGUUGGCCUAGGCUUUUACUUUGUCAACGCCUCCGGCUCUCAGUGGCGUCUGCCCCUUGCAAUUCAAUGUCUUCCACCACUUAUUCUAUCCUGUGGUAUCUUUCUUCUUCCAGAAUCGCCGCGGUGGCUUAUUGAUAAUGACCGCGCGGAAGACGCGUUGAAGUGCUUUGAAGCGAUCCAUGCGGAGUCUGAUCAGUCUAUUGCCCAAGAUCACGAUGCUAUUUUGGCCGAAUUUAACCUGCUCCAAGCUUUAAUUGUUCACGAGCGGCAAGAAAAACAUACGUUCGCUGACCUAUUUAGAUAUCCUGCCAUGCGAAAGCGAUGUUUAAUUGGCUUCUUCGUUCUCUUUGCGUGCCAAGGGACAGCAACAUUGGUUAUUAACAACUACGGCCCUUCUCUGUACGCUGCUUUGGGGUUUGACACUGUGCCUCAACUCCUCAUUCAAAGUGGCUGGAUUACAGUCUGUCCUAUUGGAAACUUCAUCAACUCACUCAUUGUGGACAAAGUAGGUCGCACUCGCCUGCUUAUGGCUGGUUUUGUCGGGACUGUCUCUGCUCUCAUCGGCGAGUGCAUCGCCCUUAGCAUAUAUCAAAAAGAGGGUUCUCGCUCAGCUGCCAGUGCGGCAGUCUUCUUCCUCUUCUUUCACAUUGGCUGUUUCUCUGUUACAUGUGAUGCAACCUCAUAUAUCUAUGCAUCCGAAAUCUUUCCAACCCCUGUUCGAGCAAAAGGAUUGGCUAUUUCCGUUUCGGGAUUGUUUGUCGCCACUAUUAUCUUUCUACAGUGUGCACCUACAGCAUUUGCAGAGAUUGGAUGGAAAUACUAUGUUGUUUUUAUUUCGUGUACUGUCAUCAGCUUUUUCAUCGUUUGGCUUUUCUGUCCUGAGACAAGCCAACGAUCUCUUGAAAGCAUCCCCGAGUUGUUUGGCGACUCGGUUGAACCUGCCAAUAUCAAGCCGGUCGCCGAGACAAGAGAAUCGAUUGGUUAUGAUGAAAAAUAAAUAUUGCUUAUCCCCUACAAAAUAUGGAAAAAGUAGCAUCAAGCUGUCCACAGUCUGGAAUAUCCCAAUUCCUUAUGUUCGGCAUGGUGUGAUUUUAGUCUUGUCAAAUAGUACUUAGCCUGGGGAUGUCAACCGAGCACCUAAGAACACACUGUAUAUACAUAUAAAUUAUGGCAAUUACUCAAAUCCAAUAGGACAGAGAGCGGAUGUACAUAUGUACUACUCUACAGGUCUAUAGC